UUGAGAGAGCGAGCUGCCCAUUCACUCUUCUUCCUGCUUUAUCUCUCACGGGGCAAAUGGACGUCGACUUGUCAAACUCUCGUCAAGAGAACCAAGUGAACAUGAUGAACUUGAUGCUGCAACUUGCUGAAACCGAUCAGGUCUCCACGGAUCCACUGCAAGAGUACUUACCGACUCCCACCUUUGCUGCUCCUCAAACCCCCACUAAUCUAUCCGGCAAUGGCGACCUAUCACUAGUGAGGGAGAUGCGGUUCCAGAUAGCCGCGAUGCAGCCGAUCGACAUCGAUCCGGAGUCCGCCCGGCCGCCGCGGAAGCGCCGGAACGUCAGGGUCUCGAAGGACCCGCAGAGCGUGGCGGCCAGGCUCCGCAGGGAGCGCAUAAGCGAGCGGAUCCGGGUGCUGCAGCGAAUGGUUCCCGGCGGGACGAAGAUGGACACGGCGUCGAUGCUGGACGAGGCCGUCCGCUACGUCAAGUUCCUGCAGACGCAGGUGCAGUCGCUGGAACGAGCUGCGGCUGCUGGAGCUGUGCCGGCCCACGGCAACUGCUGCUCCUGCUUCCGGGACACGUAUCAGCUGCAGUAAGGGUGUCUGAAUGCUACGUAUACGUGAACAAGAUAUGUCGAAGUGGGGUUGCUUGGAGAAGAGCUUUUGUCUUCGUUCUUCCACCCUUUCUCCGUGUUUGUGUGAAAUCAUAACAUAGUCGAUCUUUGC